AGCCAAAGGCGUGUCUAAAAAAGCUCAUUCCAUGCCCAAAGCCAUGGCAUUGCCUUUGCGAGCUCUCUUGGGGCUAUUGCUUCUUGUCCUUGUCACCGUUGCGGCGCUGCCUGAUCACGUCCGUGCAUGGCGGACUCCUCAUCGCCAUGUAGGGAGAGGACGUGGACGUUUUCCACCUCCCCGCAAGCACCACCGCCCAAAUUUCCGUCCUGGCCCUUGGAUUCCUGCCCAUGCCACCUUCUACGAGGGUGGUUCGGGAACAUUUGGGGGAGCUUGCGGUUACGACGACGUGGUGAGGGAAGGCUAUGGCCUAGAGACGGUAGCACUGAGCGAAGCUUUGUUCAACAAGGGACAGUCAUGUGGCGCGUGCUAUGAAAUCAAAUGUAUGGAUGACCCUCAAUGGUGCAAGCUGGGGCAGCCAUCUCUCUUUGUCUCAGCAACAAACCACUGCCCACCAAACUACUACCAAUCAAGUGAUAAUGGAGGAUGGUGCAACCCCCCUCGCCACCAUUUCGACAUAGCCAAGCCCGUCUUCCUUAAGAUUGCCGAGUACAGGGGCGGCAUUAUUCCCGUCUCGUACCGCAGGGUCCCAUGCCAAAAACAAGGAGGAAUCCGAUUCACCGUAACCGGGAAUCCUUACUUCAACGAAGUGUUGGUGUGGAACGUGGGUGGAGCCGGGGAUGUCGUGAGCCUGCAAGUGAAGGGAAACAAAGACCUGAAAUGGACACCAAUGAAGCGCAUGUGGGGUCAGAAAUGGGUGACUGAUGCUAAGAUGGUUGGGGAAUCACUGACUUUCAGGGUUAGAGCAAGUGAUGGCAGAUUCUCAACCUCUUGGCAUAUCGCCCCCAAGACUUGGCAGUUUGGUCAGACCUUUGAAGGAAAGAAUUUUAGAUAGAAAGAAGCACAACUACUACUUCUACUAACCUAUUCAGAUUACUUUCCAACUAUGCAUGAUUCUAAUGAACCUACCUUGGCUGAAUUUGUUUGUCAAAUCCAUAAAAAGGAAUAAGUUUGCCCGGCUAUACUAAAUGCAAAAGCGGGGAAUUAAAUUAGUUGCUUUGUUUUGUUUUUUAACUUACCCUUUUACCUUGAAUUCAAUGUAACAAGUCCAGAGAAUCAAUUUUUUCUGGAUUGUGUAUGAUACGACUAUUUCCAAAAUGCUACUCGGGGGGGAACUUGGGAGCACCACGAAAGCUAAACACCACCACCACCACCACCCACCUUCUAUUAGUCGGUGAUGCUACGGUACUC